CGUUCUAGCCCCGCCCCCUCUGUGGCCGGCGGGGGGAGGGGCGCUGGUGCACGGGCUGGAGCCGCCUCCCCGCAGCCUCGCUGCUCCGCGCUGAGCCGGCCGGGCUGGGCUCGGGCCGGGAAGAUGGCGGCGAGCAGGAGAGUGGGCAAGGAGCUGGAUGACUUGAAGAGGUCUGGGUCCCGCUGCUUGAAGGACAUUGAGGUGGACGACACCAAUGUUCUCCUGUGGAAAGGGCUCCUAGUGCCGGACAAUCCUCCCUACAACAAAGGCGCUUUCCGAAUCGAGAUCAGCUUCCCGGCCGAGUACCCCUUCAAGCCCCCCAAGGUCACCUUCAAAACUAAGAUCUACCACCCCAACGUAGAUGAGAAGGGGCAGGUCUGCCUGCCAAUCAUCAGUGCUGAGAACUGGAAACCUGCCACCAAGACAGAUCAAGUGAUCCAGGCCCUGAUUGCGCUGGUAAACGAGCCCGAGCCGGGCCACCCGCUGCGUGCCGACCUGGCCGAGGAGUUCACCCGCGACCACAAGAGGUUCCUGCGCAACGCUGAGGAUCACACCCGCAAAUUCAGCGAGAAGCGGCCCUGCGAGUGACCCUGCUCCUGCUCUGGCACCCCCUGCCGGCUCCUGCUGGGGAAGACUCGGUGGCCCAGGCAGGGGUGGGGCCUAUGCACUUAGUGGGUGAAGUCUAGUGGGUGAGUGGGGCCAAGGUGGCCCCUCCCACCAUCACAUGCUGUCAUGGCGAUGCACCCCAUGGAAUUCUGGGGCAUAUGCCCCAUCCCUGCCCGGACUAAGGGGGGACCCAGCACCUCACAGUAACGCUGUUGUCACUUGUGGGAGCCCUUCAACCGAGAGGGGGCACUGAAGCCCGGGGGGGUGGGGGGGGUUUGAAGUUGGGUAUGUGGGCUUUCCCCUUCCCUUCAUUGACUGACUCUUUUGCUCACCCCAUCUUCACUGGGGGGCCCCCAGGCCUGCCAGGAGUGGUUGGGCCGAAGGCCGCUCCCUGGGCACUGAGCUCUGUGCCAUGACCCCCAUUGCCACUGUUGAUCUUGUUUUGGUUUGUUGCCUGGCACUUUAAAACCUCAGCUACAAAGACCGGAAGGGGGAGAGAGCAGCCCCAAAUGCCUUCCCUGCCCCCAGCCCAUGCAGACAGGAAGUGAUGGGGGGUGGGGGAUGCCCCCCAGGAGCCCUGCAGCUCGGCAGGUGACUGAGGCUGUGUGCAGGGGAGGGGUGGGGGUAUUAGGCUGGAGGGUGAUUCUGGGGUGUAAGAGUGUGAUAGAAAUGUUUUUUUAAAAUAGCCCCUUUGUUUGUCGGCGGGUGGUGAUGGGGGGGUUGUGUGUGUGUGUGUGUGUGUGACAUAACUUCCUUUUUCUGGUCAAUAAAAAUGGACCGUGAUCCCUCUGCUCCCAUGUGCAGAUCCCCCCUUGGAUGAUUUCCCAGGUAGCUGCCUUCCCUGCCCCAAAGCGGUGUGGGGCCAUUCCCUGGGGACCUCGGAAUAUCUCUAGACUCUUCCUCUUUCCUGCUGUUCCUGCCCAAGCCACUUCCACCCUCCCCCUUUGAGGUGGGAUUGGAGCAGAUGCCGUGAGGAUGAACCAUUCUGACACCCCCCCACCCCGGACUGGAGGGGAAGGGCUCUGGGUCCUGUCCCAGCUCCCUGGGCCAGCCUGUCCCCAUGGAGCCGGGUGCUGUUCCUAGCCAGCUCCCCCCAGCCCUCCCUCCCAUUCUCCCCAGUUACCACAAGCUGGCUUGAGGGUCAGACCAUGGAGUUGCCCAGCUGAGAGCUGCCAAAGCCAUGUGUGUGACCCUAUAGGGCCCCCCGGACAGCGCGGGGAGGGAGGCUGCAUUCCCAGGGUACAUAGAACCGAGGUCUUUGGCUGCUUGUGCCAAUUAAAAAUCCCACAGGCGGGUGUGUCAGAGCCCCUGCCAGCUUGAGUGAUCACACCCUGUCUCUCUCUCUCCUCCCUUGGUAUGGUCCACGCCUCCACUUCCUGUCCUGACCGCAGGUCACCUCAGCACACUGACCCUGCACCUCCAGACACCUGGGCCAGCUCUGAUGGCCCUUGAGCAGCUGCUGCAUUGUACCCUGGAGCUGGAGGAAGUGGCUGCUGUUGGUGCCAUCAUCGGUCUGGCCCAUCCAUGAUCUAGAGCUAGCAAGACUU